UCUCGUUCUAACAGUCGAGAGCAGUAUCAAACCGCGAGCACAACGAGACGGAAGUAUGGCGUCCGUGUUUUUGAAGCUCGCCGUGAGUGUGAUAGUCCUUUUCGUUCUUUACCUAGUGAAGAAGUAUAGUUACUGGAAGAGACGCGGUAUACCGACCGUCAAAGGAUGUAUUCCGUUGAUCGGUAACAUACUGCCCGUGCUAACGUUACAAAUGAAUUUCCACUCCAUGCAUACGAAAAUGUACGAGGAUAACGAGAAGCACAGCAUGGUCGGAUAUUACAAAUUGUGGGAUCCUGUGUUGGUGAUACGUGAUCCUCAGUUAGCGAAAACGGUGUUGCAAAGCAAUUUUUCGAGCUUCCACAAAAACGCCUUGGAAGUUCGAGAAGAUUUGGAUCCUGCACUCUCCAAGAACCCGUUCUUCUGCUAUGGCGAGCAGUGGUCGCGUGCUAGAAAACGUCUGACCUGGGCGUUCUCCAGUGUCAGGCUAAAGACGCUGUUCCUGACGGUCGCGGGAGUAUGCAAAAAGUUUGAAGACUUUUUAAAUCGACGACUAAAGGAGAACAACAGAUACGAGGUCGAAUUGAAGUAUCUGUUCUCGAAAUUCACCGGUGAAGUUAUAGCCAACGCUGGUCUGGGCAUCGAAGGAUUCUGUUUCGAGGACAAGAAGCACCCCAUGGCGUUCGACGCUGUUUCCGAGGAAGUCUUCUCGUCCAGCUGGAAAAGAGCCAUAGAAAACAACGCGUUGUUCAUAAGGCAACUGAGAAAUCUCCUGAAUCAGAAAUUCAUAACCGCGGAGUUCGACGCUUUCUUCAGGAACGCCAUCAGGGAGAACCUGAAGCUCAGAGAGAAAGAUCCCACACCCAGAAACGAUUUUCUGCAACUGAUGAUGGACCUUACGAAGAAUUCGAACGAAACCAUAGACGAAGAUUCGCUCGUCGCGGAGACGAUGUCUUUUUACGUCGACGGUUUCGAAACGUCCUCCAUCACCCUCAGCUUCGUCGGUUUCCAGUUAGCGAGACAUCCGGACAUUCAAGAGAAACUGAGAGAAGAAGUGAAGUCUAAACUCGCUAAGUACGACGGUGUGUUGACGUUCGAUGGUUUGAAGGAGAUGACAUACAUGGAUCAAGUGAUCAACGAAUCGCAGAGAUGUCACAGCGGUUUAGGUGGACUGUCAAAGAUAUGUACAGAAACAAUCGAGCUGGAAGGAUCAGACGGACUGAAAUGUCGCAUGGAGCCUGGCACAGAGGUGGUCGUAGCUUAUCAGGGACUACAAAACGACCCGCAAUACUGGUCCAACCCGGAGGUUUUCGAUCCUGAUAGAUUCAGCGAGGACAGGAAGCAAAACAUUGUGAAAAUGACCUUCCUGCCUUUUGGAGAAGGUCCAAGAAUGUGUGUCGGAAUGAAAAUGGCUCAGUUGCAAAUGAAAGCUGCUCUGGCUACUUUGAUAAACAACUAUAAACUAGAAUUAUCGCCUAAGACGAAACUUCCUCUAAAGAUGUCACCUUAUUACUUCCUGAUGGCCCCGGUGGGAGGGUUAUGGGCUUACAUUACGAAAGUCUAAACGAACUUUUAAUUUUGUGUUACGCUGAUCAGACAGCAUUGUUGGUAUUUGUAGUAUAUGUAGUGGAACUUGAAAGGAAUAAAACAUGUACUAUAACGAGUUUGCAAGUUUCCAAACAUUUCCAAGUUUUGUGACUCCUAAUCUUUUUAACUUACAUUUUUAAAUUGAAAACUUUGCAACUUGUUAUAAACAAAUUAUUCCUAGAAAUGUUUUGCACAGUGUACUAGUUUUCAAUUUAGUAUACACAUCUUUAAUUAAGUUUAUUUGAUAAAGAUGUAAAUAUUCAAUCUACAGAGUGACAAGAAUAAAAAUUGCGUCAAUAAGAGAAACGAUAAACUGGUAAGACCUCGACGAUAUGAUUACGUAUACGAGAGCGAUUGAGGCGCGAUAGUUAACGCCUCCAUUUGAUAAAAAG